CCCCGCCCGGCCAUGCCCAGGUGACGGGCAUGAUCCGGGCGCAGCAGCGCUACCAGGGCCUGCUCGCCAACACCACCAGCGCCGCCGGGGUGGGCGGAGACAGCGACGACGAAGACGACCCGCAGGGCGGCGAGGGCGGCGGCGGCGGCCUGGGGGGCGGCGGCGAGGGCGUGAGUCGGUCGGUGAUGCUGACGGCGGCGGAGCUGACGGCCAGCGUCAUGCCGGCACCCGCCAAGCCGCCCGACGGCGUGGAGCUCAAGGUCCCCGCUGACGACAUCCGCUUCAGCGGCGUCAAGCUGCGCUUCCUCAUCGGCCUACUGGAGGCCAUCGAGCCCCACCCCGUGCUGCACCGCUCCACGUCCGACCUGGUGCAGCACGUGGUGCGGCCGCUGACGGCGGAGGCGCGCUGCCGGCUGCUGGACCUGGUGCCACACGAGCUGCGCGGCCAGCCCCAUCACUACGUGGCGCACGCCUGGAGCGGCAGCGCGAGGGAGCUGCUGCAGACGCUGAAGCGGGAGAUGUGUCCGCCCGCGCCGCCCAAGCCGCCGCCCUUCGUGCUGUCCAAGCCCGGACCCAACCGCGGCCCCAAGUCCCUCAGCCUCGCCGCCGGCAGCAGCCUGGCCGGCCCCGCCCGCUCCCGACACGGCUCCGAGAUAGGCAGCCAGGCAUCGGCCGGUGCUACUGCCGGUGCUACAGCCGGAGGCGGCGGCGGCGCUCGCGGCGGCGGCGGCGGCGGCGCGCACCUGCCCUCGCUGCAGCUGUCACAGAACGGAGUGGGCGGCGGCAGCGCGGCGGCGGCGGCGGCGGCGGCGGACAGGAUGGCUAGCCACGAUGUGAACGCCAACUCGGGGAGGCUGCCCAACAUCGGCGGCAAGGCUGCUGCCGCCGGGGGAGGAGGAGGAGGGGGGAAGGGAGGGGGCAAGGACGGGGCGGCGGCGGCAGGAGGAGGAGGCGGAGGAGGAGGUGGGGAGGCGGGCGAUGACUCGGCGGCGCUGGCUGCCAUGCUGGGCUCUCCGGAGGCGGUGUGGAACCACUACGAACUGCUCAACCAGAAGUACCAGGAGGAGCUGUCCAAGGCGCUGGACCAGGUGGUGUGGAUCGACUGGGUGUGCCACAACCAGCACGCCGCGGCCAAGAAGGACUACAGCAGGGUGGCCAAGACGGUUGUGGGCUGCGGCGCCACAGUGCUUGUGCUGGACCCACAGCUGACGCCGCUCAGCCGCACCUGGUGCCUGUUCGAGGUGAUGCACUGCCUGCGCUGCAAGCGGCACCUCAAGGUGUUCCGGGUGGACGCCGCCGCGCGGGAGGCCGAGGCCAACGCCGCCGUGGUGGCGGCGGCGGCCGGCAGCGGCAGCCUAGCCGGAGGCGGAGGUGGCGGAGGCGGCGGCAGGCCGGGUGGAGGGGCUGGCUCCAAAGGCGGAGGAGGCGGGGGAGGAGGGGGCGGGGGCGGGGCGGGUCCUGACGACAAGGAGUGGGAGAAGGCGGUGGAGAGCAUCAACGUGGAGGCCAGCCGCGCCAGCAGCGAGCAGGACCGGGUGGGCAUCCUGCAGGAGAUCCUGAACACGGUGGGUAUGGCCUACGUGAACGACACCAUACGCAACGCGCUGCGCCUGUCCAACGCCGACCGCGCACGACAGCUGGCGCUGCGCCGCGAGCAGCUGCGCACCACCAUGGACCUGCUGGCUCCCGACCCUCGCGAGAUCGGCACCGAGGAGUACGAGGACAACCUGGCCCGAUGCAAGGAGCACCUGCAGGAGGUGCUGGAGCAGUUCUACCCCGAGGACAUCAUGCGGUGCAUCAUUCCCAAGGACUAUGUGUCUGACUCGGCGCGUGUGUGGGACUUCCUAGGCAUCUUUGCGGAGAUCUUGGAGCGCGAGCUGUUCAGGGAGGACGCCAAGGCGCUGAGGGCCAUGGCCUGGCUGCUGUUCAAACGCCACUCCAAGCGCUACAUCGAGGUGCUCUACUGCAAGGAGCUGGAGAACUGGCUGGCGGACUCGCUGGAGCACGACCGCAAGUUCCGCCGCGUGCAGGCCAAGCUCAAACACGACGCCAUGAAGAAGUGGAGCUAGAUGGGCGCGAGGCGGCGGUGGUGGUAACAAGGAGAGGGAGAGGGUGUGGUGUAGAUGGCAGCCCAACCUAAAUUAAACCAGGCUUCGCUAGCGGAGCACAGGCAGAGGCGUUGGUUGCAAGCGGUAAUCAGGGGGAGGGGGGCAGUUCAUUCCAGAACCCAAUGCAAGCCAACCGAGUGAAGUCACACCUGCCAGCCCCACCCUGAGCGUGGAGGUGGUGUGGCCUUAACCUGUGGGUCUGGGGCGCCCUUGAAACUUGAAUCUUGAAUGGGGGAGGGGGUUUAGCCACUCUUGCGAACGUUUUGUAUGAAACAUGAAACUGCCGACGGGGGACAAACCACACGGCUCGGCGGGCAGACAGGCCAGCUGGCAGGUAGGCCGGCCUGGCGCUGAAUUAUUGACGGCGCGACACCAACCGGACCGCAAUGCUGACUGCAAUGGCUCCAGCACCGCGACACACUUGUCUUUCAAACUUUUUACCCUUGGUGGUGGUUGUGGCGUGAUUGGGACGGUCUGACGCAAGCGUUUUUAUGCUUUGGAGCGAAGGGCGCGCGCGAGUAUGGCAGCUGACUCGCGCACGAGAAUGUUGUUGUUAUGAUUCCGUGUGUGUGUGUGUGUGUGUGUGUGGAUGUGUGUGUGUGUGUGUAUAUGUGUGUGGCGCUGUAUGCUAGCACCGCUGGCAUGCGGUCGCCAGCCAGUGCCGGUACCAGUGAUACUAACACCAACGCUGCUGGGACAGCGCUGCAAAGUGCUGCGUGCCCGGCGUGCGGCCCGGCGUACCGGCGUAUCAAAAGACACCACUGGCACCGGCAGGCGCUGACAGUGAAAGGAUUGUGUGGAGCGGAGGCAGCUGGGGGGGAGGGGGCGUGUGCCCUUGCGUGUGGCACACGUGUACAUAGCUGCGAGGGCUGCAUCAAUGGUCUACAUGGCGUUGCAUCAAAUGAGGAGGGGGGGCAGGACUGGAGGCGGCACCUGCGCAGCACGUGGGGCAAUGCUGGUGCGCCGAGGGCACGAGCAUGGCUGUGCGGGGAUGGCGUGUUUGACCGUAUGAUGCAUUGGGGCCGUGAUGGCACUCAGCAGAUAUUUUGUAUGGAUGUACGGCACCACUCUACAAAAGGUACAACAAGACUUUUGCCUUUCAGCCGAUGAUUCUUAAUAAGGCCGUUUAAUUAAAAGGGUUGCGGGCGGACGCGGGAAGGCAUGGGCGCACGCCCUGCAAGGGAGCAAGGGAUGCGGUGCAUGGGCGACGUGGAGGGAAACGAUUACUUGGAGUGGUCCAGGUAUGACUUGCUUUCUGAUGACUGCAGCUGCAAUGUUGUGCACGACACGUGUUAGGACGGCACCACUGGAUGCGUUAGGGGGCAGGGCGGCCAAGUGGUUUGGUCAGGCGAUGGGUGACAGGGAGAGGGCAGGGGCAGGCGCAUGCGUGUGCAUGUUUUUGGCGUAUCGCGGUCGCGUUGAUGCGGAGGUGCUGCGUGCUGCGAAGGGGCUCCACUAUUUCAUUGGGAAGGCUAGGAGCUGCUGGCUCGUCGUGAGACCAGGCCGGGCCCCAGGCUGGCAACAAGUAAUGCUAGUGAAAGGGCUUGGCGCUUGCCACGGCUGUCACUUCGAGAGCUGCUGUGCGCCUAUGAAUUGUGUGGUGUUGAACUCCGAGUCCCGCCCAUAGAGGCAAACGCGGGUCACAGGGUGUAGCACCAAGUAAGCUGUAGCCCCACAUGCGGCAGCACGGUGGCUGCGUCAGUUGGACUGGCGGCAGUGAGGUGUGUGGGUGGGUGGGGGGCGAUGGGAUGCAAUGUUGAUGGGAUGUGGUGGGCAUGUGGCUCAAACAGCUCGAUUGGUGGCACCGGUUUUCACGAGGCAGGUAGGCACGCAAAAGAUGGUGCGCACCACCUUGUAACCACACACGCAA